GGGUGAGCGUCGAGCGAGCGUUGGGUGCUGUUUUUCGUGGAUCGUGCACACGCGUCCAGACGUUUUCCACGAACGUUCCUGUGUCAUGUCGUCGAUGGAUCGAUAGCAUGUACGAGGAAAGGAAAAUGUUGCCGGUACGUCGUGUUCGUCCCGUAUCGAGGGAAGCAUGAGCGGUAAGCGGCGCGUGUUCGUGCGGCAGAACGCGUAGAAACGUGACCGAACGCUGCGAUUUUCGUGGUUUGUUCACGCGAACGGCUGACGAUUUACGUGGCUGUUGCACUGCGCGAAGAUGAAGAGGCAGAAUGUCAGGACCCUGUCACUGGUAGUGUGCACCUUCACGUAUCUGUUGAUCGGAGCGGCUGUGUUCGACGCUUUGGAGUCGAAUACCGAGAGGAAACGUUGGGAGUUUCUCUCUGAGGUCCGUCGAAACAUGAUAAAGAAGUACAAUAUCACUCAAGAAGACUACAGGAUGUUGGAGAUUGUUAUAAUAGAGAAUAAACCACACAAAGCGGGUCCUCAGUGGAAAUUCGCGGGUGCCUUUUAUUUCGCGACGGUUGUGCUCGCUAUGAUAGGAUAUGGACACUCGACUCCAGUCACCAUAGGAGGCAAAGCAUUUUGCAUGGCAUACGCCAUGGUAGGCAUUCCCUUGGGUUUGGUGAUGUUCCAGAGUAUCGGUGAACGUCUAAACAAAUUUGCAUCGGUGGUGAUCAAGCGAGCGAAAACGUAUCUACGUUGCCAGAAAACAGAGGCGACGGAAAUGAACUUGAUGCUUGCUACAGGAAUGCUGUCGAGCAUAAUUAUUACAACUGGAGCUGCCGUGUUUUCUCGUUACGAGGGUUGGAGUUAUUUCGAUAGCUUCUACUAUUGCUUCGUCACGCUUACCACCAUUGGUUUCGGCGAUUACGUUGCUCUUCAAAACGACCAUGCACUUUCCAAUAAACCUGGAUACGUGGCCUUAAGUUUAGUCUUCAUCCUAUUCGGACUGGCUGUCGUCGCUGCCAGCAUAAACUUGCUCGUGCUUCGUUUCAUGACAAUGAACACGGGAGACGCUCGUCGCGAUGAGAACGAGCUCCAACCAGCUUCCCACCACGUUUUGACCCUCGACGGAGAAGUUGUGGCGGUAAAUGGAAAAUUAUUAGCUGGCCAUAUGCCGAUCGUCCACGACAGCGACGACUGCGUGAGCGUGUGUUCGUGUACUUGCCUAGGACCAGCGAGUUCCGAGCUCUUGGACCAAGGAUACCAAGGAUACAGACCACCUUCGACUUCUGCCAGUAUUCGUAUGAAACGUGCGUCAGUCUGAUGGAAGGAGUUCCGUCGUCGUAGUUUACGUCGUCGACUCUCGAGGACCGACAGCAGAGAGCUACUCGGUAUCGACGUGUGAAGAACCGAGUCGAAAGAAGGAAGAAACAUUGUCAAGUUUGAUAAACAAAAAGAAAAAAGAAGAAAUGAAAAGGACUGAAGAGAAAAAUACUAAACGAAAAUUUGACCAAGUUCCACGAUGCUCCAUCGGACCGAAGUUCGACAUUGUGUUCUUAAAUAUCUACCUUAAAGCGUUCAACCACGGAUUCGUGCUAGUUCGUUCAUUUUCGAAGACGUAUUUUCAAAGAAAAUUGAAGAGAAAGUGACGAUUUGUAGAGUCGCAGUUCGAACAGAUGAAUUAUAAUAAUCAGCUCACGUAAUGUUACGAGAAAGUAGGUUGUAGAGAUAAUGGGGAAAAAAAAAGGGGGAUCGUUUGUAGACGAUUUUGUAACGAUUUCGUAUGUUUCAUAUCGUUCCAUACAACAGUGAAUAUCGGGCGAAUUCCUGUCACAAUCGUAGUCGUUGCUCCGUGAAUGUUGCAUUGAUAUUCAAUCGAGAAAUGAGAUUGUUUUAUUACUUGGAGAAUUACUUAUCGUCUACCAAAUCUGAUCUUUCAAAUAUACUUAAAAGCAAAUCUUAUUGAAAUACAAAUUAUUUAUGCUGAUAAUUCCAAACUCUCAAGCAUCACCUAUUUAAAAAUACAAGCACGACAGAGUUUAGCAAGAAUUGGAAAAAUUUCAUGAAUUAACAAAACUGAAAUAUUGAAAUAACAACGAAAUUUUGAAGCCAUAAGUUAAGUAUCCCGUUUCGAGUAUUAUUCUAAAAUAAAGCAAUUCUUGUAAGAAAAGGAACGGUCUCAUUCCACGAAGGUAGAGCUAGCGAUGAUUGCCGCCUUGUCUCGCUCGAGAUCUACGAGAUCUCGUGACGAUUAUUUAUACGUAUACUCGAUUAUAAAUACGGCAGAAUAAUACCCUCGCCUGGAUAGAGUGAUUGUUAAAAUAUACACGACUCAAUGUUUGUACUAGUAGACUAGUAACGAUGAAAGUCACCGUAACGCAACGUUCAAUUUGUGUAAUCGUUGAUCGACGAAAGAAAAAAAAAAAAAAUUGAUAUUAGAGGAUAGCUUGGAAUUUUGUAGUUACGAAAGUGUUUGUAAUCGUGGAAAGAUCAGUGUGAUUUGUUUAUAGAAAAUCAUAUUGGUCUUUUCCCAACUGAAAUUCGAAUCGGUACGAAUUUUACUCAUAACCACGACACGAACGAGCGGUCGUAUUUUUUUAAACGAUUAGAAAAUAUAUUAAAACAAGAAUAUCCGGGAAGACUGAUAGUUGAGGUUAAAUCAACUGGUUAUUUUUUUAAUGGACACGAUUUUCUAGCCGCGCCCUUUAACCCUCCAACAGGUUGCCUUCAGAUUGAACUAUGCAAAUUGAAAAUUAAUCAUUUGUUUCCUGCAGAGGUUCCUUGAAAUUUUAGAUAUUUAAUUACUCGUAAGAAUCCGAAGGAUAGAUAAAUUUUGACAUUCUAGAAAUUCAUAGAGACAUUUUAGAAAAUUCAAAUAGAACUAAAUUCCAGGUAUAUUAAGGUGUUACAUAUUAAACGACCGAUUUUGAAAUAUACAUUUUCAACGAAACGUCUGCUCAAGUACUUCGAAGUGCAUUAAAUAUCAACCGUACGAAUUGGAGGGUUCAGGUGAAUGAUAAAUUUCAUUGUUUGCAACGGAGUCGCUAGUAUCGAUGCUUCUUUUACGCCCACCGAUCUUCUAUUUCGUCAAUUACGAGAGUUGAUUCGAGCGAUCGAUACACGCACAAACAAGUCACGAGUUCGUUUACCGUAAAUCGCUGAGAAUUAUCAAGGAUUGCCAUCGGAACACCGUCACACUAUGCACGGAGUAAAUGAUAGCGCGCACUCGUUUGUAUACAUGUACACCAUAGCGCAUAGACGUUCAUCGUAUUGUAAUGACGAGCCGUGAUUGGGUAUAUUUUUUAUCGUCGACAAUUUUUUAAUAAACGACAGUUCACUAUUUUUUCGCUCUAUAAUCAUGAUGCUUCCUAUACAAUUUCAGCGAACUUCAAUUUUAAGUA